AGCGCAGAGCCACGUGGCCGGCCUGGCAGCGGCGCCCGCGCUCGGGCGGCGGCCGUGGGGCUCCGGGCGGGUCCCCGGGCAGGGGCGCCAGUUGACAGAUGUGCAUGAGAAGGUGCCUGGUCGGCCUCACCUUUUGUACCUGCUACCUGGCUUCUUACCUUACGAACAAGUAUGUCCUGUCUGUUUUGAAAUUUACCUACCCUACGUUGUUCCAAGGGUGGCAGACAUUAAUUGGUGGACUUUUGCUUCACGUGUCAUGGAAACUGGGCUGGGCAGAGAUCAACAGCAGUUCAAGAUCUGCUGUUUUGACGUGGCUUCCUGCUUCGCUGCUGUUUGUGGGUAUAAUCUAUGCUGGUUCCAGAGCAUUGUCCAGACUGGCCAUUCCUGUGUUUCUCACUUUGCAUAAUGUAGCUGAAGUCAUCAUCUGUGGGCACCAGAAGUGUUUUCGGAAAGAGAAAACUUCUCCUGCCAAGAUCUGUAGUGCCCUGUUCCUCCUGGCCGCAGCAGGAUGCCUCCCCUUCAACGACUCCCAGUUUGAUCCAGAUGGAUAUUUCUGGGCUGUAAUUCACUUAUUCUGUGUAGGGGCUUAUAAAAUACUACAGAAGUCCCAGAGACCCAACGCGUUAAGUGACAUUGACCAGCAGUACUUAAACUAUAUAUUCAGUGUGGUGCUCCUGGCGUUUGCGUCUCAUCCCACAGGUAAACAUCGUCUGUGUAUCUGUCUGUUUUACAAUGCCCCCUCAAGCCAGUGCUCUGACCCUGGUUGUGUGUCUGAGGGACAUUUUGUAAGAGAGUGUGGCUGCCUUCAGGAUGUCAACCUGAGAGGUUAGGAAUGGCCCACAUAGUCGAAACUGUUCGUAAUAACCCAUUAUGGGUUUUUGGCCAUGAAUUUAUUUUUAUUCCUUCUUGAAUUUUAUUAUCUAUGUUUUCAUCUGGUGCUGUCUCAGAUGUACAGACAGGUUUAUUAUCUGCCGAGUAGACUAGUACUUGCUUUGUCCUCUUUUAAAAUUCCUUCUUCAAGUAUCCAGAAUUUGUCCUCAAUUCUAGUGCAAAAGAUUUCAUGAAAAUGUUCAAAUUCACCCUAUGUCUAACUGACAUCCUUUUAUAAAUUUUUAUCAUAUGUUAUCAUCCAAUUUUCACAAUUCCAGAUUAAAGCAGUCAAGUUUUAAAACUUCUUCACCCUGUUGCUGCCUCAAUUAUUCUAUAGUUAUUUUUCAGAUUCAGGAAUUGCCUAUUCUGUUGUGGUUUUUAACUUUGAAAGGUUUUGAAGUUGGUGCCAAAGAUAAAGCAAUAAUAUCUGUGUGUGAUAUGGCUGAAAAUACACAUUUUAUUGGCCAUCUCCUUAAACUAAUUUUUAUUGGCCAUUUGCUGUGCAUAAGGCAUUUCCCAAGCUCUCAGAGUCUCCGUUUUCUUAUUGUAAAAUGAGAAAGGUGGACUGAACUGCUUUUAAAGCUCCUUCUAGCUCUCAAACUGUGCCCAAAACAAUGUCAGCUUUCUGCUGGUGUUUUUAGCUGCUUCAGACUCUUUGAACUAAUAUCCUCAGGGAACUGUCGAUAGUGACUCGCAUGUUUCUAGACGGUGUAUGACGUAUCGAAACCCGUGUCUCAUAAGGAUAAUUUGAAUUACCUUUGUGUCAGUGCCUUAUUCUACUCUUGCCCACAUGGGAGCACAUCUGCUCUAUUCUGCCAACGCCCACAGCCUGGUGUUAUCUCACAACUAUGAGGUUUGCUGUUGAGUGACCUCUUCCCUUGCACUUGUUGAAAGCUUAUCCUUUAUAAAAUAAUAAAUCAUAUGAAACCAUGGUGUUAACCUAAACAAUCUCUGCUUCCCGGUGCUGCUGGUUGUCUGCCUUUGAGUCAUGCCGCACACCAAGCCUUCACGGAGCCAGGAGGUUGCACCCGGAGGAGAUUUAAGAGCCUACUAGGCGUCGGCCCCCUUGCGAUGUGUUUUGGUCAAAGGCCUUUGGAAAGUUGCAUUCACUGGUUCUGCUUGGUUUACAUGUUCAUUUACUCCUGAGUGAUUUCUAGUGGAUUUGGGUGAAUAAUUUUCACCUAAAGCAGCCACUCUGCCUUUCAGCUCCCAGGUUACACUUGUUCGUUUGUUGCAUGGAUGAUUAUCAGAGCUGGAGGGGAUCUUAGUGAUUAUUCAAGGUGCCGCCCAAUUUUACUAAUGAGGAGAUUGACGCCCAGAGGAGUGGAGUGAUGUGACCGAGAUGAGCAGAGGAGGUGAUAGCAGAGGGAGACUGGAGCUUAGUUUUUCUUUUUCAAUGCUUCCUUUUCAGUGAUCUCACACUUUCUUUUGAAGUCUCCCGAGUGAGUGAGUGCCUCUGUGUGAUGUUCCUGAACUUCCUUCUGGAGCUUCCCUUGGUUGGGAGGGCGUCUUGUCCACCAGUUUCCGAGCAUGGUGACUGCUGGCAAUAGUUGAUACCUUUGGGGCAACAUUCCCACAUUUCCCCAUGAGUUAUUGCUAAACUUUUAGGUCAGUACAAGGAGGCCUUGGCACUUCGUUACCCUCUGGGAACACAAAGUGGUCAGCAGCCUGACGCUGUAGAACGGUUUGGGCAGGAGAGUAAUUUAAAAUGGGCUUUAGCUUCUUUCUGAGGUGAUGGAAAUGUUCUGGAAUUAGGUAGUGGUUGUACAACUCUGUGAAAAUACUGAAAAAAA